AGGAUUAACUAAAUUUAUUCUUGGUACUUAUUCACCAGUCCUUAUAUUAAAAUUAUCAUUUCUAAUCGAACGGUUUGCUAGCGGUUUUAUAUAUAUAUCUUGGUAUAAAUAACUUGAAUGAUUUUUAUACGAAUUUUACGUUAACCUUCGUUUUGAGUUUAUUAUUUACUGAUAUUCUAAUUUAGGAUAGCAUGUAAUUACUAAAUUACACUUAUAAGGCAAAAUCUUUCAUUAAUGAUAGAUAAAGUUAAAUAUGGUUUAUAUAAACUUCAGUUGCCUUAGAAAAAUUUUUUGUUUUUUAAAACGAAAAGGUAACGAUAGCUAAACAGAGAGACUAAAAAUCAGAGAAAUUCUCCUUGAAAUGAAAAAAAUAUUUGGUUGAAAUGCUUUUUAUCUGUGUUUCUUGGGGGUAAAAAGGUAAACCAAUAAAUUAAGAUGAAAUUUGGCAUACUGUUAGAUCACCCCUGGAUUAACUUGGACCUUUUUAUACUCGAAAUGUGCACAGAAAUUUUUAUUCUAGGAAAAGUGUUUCUCGCGUGUAGGUCCGUAGAAUAAGCUAACAGCAAUUAAAUAUGAUUACUAUUUUUUUUAAAAUACAAAGACUCAGUAUUUCUGUUUUUUAGCAAAGAGCAAAUAAAUGAGAAAAUAUUGUCACUUUAUGAUUAUACUAUAGCUAAAAAUAAUUAGCUAUACGGGCGCCACAGGCAUAAUAGUCUGUAAGUGGAAUUAGUUUCCAUUUACUAACUCUUGUGUGAAAGGGAUAAGAAUUAAUAAAAGGAAUGAACCGAUAUAAUAUAAUUUAGUGUGAAACAAAAAGUAAAGAACAACAAAAAAAUACGUAAAACGUUGCUGUAAUUAAAGAUUUCUAUCUUUAUAUAGAUUCUAAGUUUCUGAAUUAUUUUUUGUUAUCUGUAUAAAAAAAUUAAAAAAUAUACCUUACAAUAUAUUUCUAGUUGGCCAAGUAAAAUUUACUAAUGUCGAUUAUUUACAAACAAGGUAACAAUUUUUUAUUCCCAUAUGUCACGAGGGGUAUCAGUUAAUCAGCAUUGCGGUGAGGAGUGAAUGUGAACCCAAGUACACAUUUUCACAGGUAUUAGCUGCUGUAGCCGUAUCGAUGGGUUCCAUGAUCAUCGGCUUUUCUUCAGCUUACACUUCGCCAGCUCUUGAAACAAUGCAAAACAGCACUGUCAUAUCAGUAUCAAAAGAACAGGCAAGUUGGAUAGGCAGCCUUAUGCCUUUGGCCGCACUCGCUGGUGGUGUCAUUGGAGGUCCCCUAGUAGACUACAUGGGUCGUCGAAUGACAAUAUUGCUCAUCGCUCCACCGUUUUUUAUUGGGUGGAUAUUAAUUGCCUCGGCGAGGAUAGUACACAUGGUGCUUGCUGGACGUGCAUUAUGCGGAUUGUGUGUCGGAAUAGGAUCGCUUGCAUUCCCUGUAUAUCUUGGUGAAACAAUACAACCUGAAGUCCGAGGUACUUUAGGGCUAUUCCCGACGGCUAUAGGUAAUAUCGGUAUCCUAAUUUGUUACUUGGCGGGUAAAUAUCUAGACUGGUCCCAACUUGCGUACUUGGGAGCUGCUUUGAAUAUUCCAUUUUUUGUUUUAAUGCUUAUAAUACCGGAAACACCUCGUUGGUACAUUUCCCGUGGCCGUACUGAAAAUGCUCGUAAAGCAUUACAAUGGCUUAGAGGCAAAAAUGCGAAAAUUGAUACUGAAAUGCAUGAGAUUGCGUUAUCAGAUGCCGAAACCCAAAGUGAUGAUUCUAAUCUAAGGGAACUGUUUACUAUGAAAUACAUGAAAGCAAUAUUGAUAUCCCUCGGCCUAAUGACAUUUCAACAAUUGUCAGGCAUAAAUGCAGUUAUAUUCUAUACUGUUUCUAUAUUUCAUUCAUCUGGAAGCUCAGUUGACGAAAAUUUAUCAACUAUAAUAGUUGGUGUUGUUAACUUUGUAUCUACUUUUAUUGCUACUGCACUUAUUGACAGGACUGGUCGCAAAGUAUUAUUGUACAUUUCAUCAGUAAUAAUGACGAUCACUUUAAUUGUUUUGGGUACAUUCUUUUACGUAAGAAAUCAAUUACAUCAGGAUGUAUCUAGUUUAGGAUGGUUGCCUCUCAUGUGUAUCAUGAUAUAUUUGCUAGGUUUCUCUCUAGCCUUCGGUCCUAUCCCUUGGCUCAUGAUGGGAGAAAUAUUGCCAGCAAAAAUUAGAGGUAGCGCUGCUUCAAUAUGCACAGCAUUUAAUUGGUUGUGCACAUUUGCCGUUACAAAAUCGUUUCAGAAUAUUGUAGACGCUAUUGAGGCAUCGGGCACUUUCUGGCUGUUUGGAUGUAUAUGUUUUGCAGGAUUAUUUUUCGUAGUAAUCUGUGUACCAGAAACUCGAGGUAAAAGUCUCGAACAAAUUGAAAACAAAAUGACAGGACGACGGAGUGUUAGGACACGUAGAAUGAGCUCGAUUGCUAACAUUAAACCAUUGCCUAAUGGUUGUUAGUCAAUGUGUAAUAAUAUGACUUUAGUAUUGUUAACAUUAUAGUUACUUCGGUUGCAAAAUAAUGCGAUAGUAGGCGUAAAUUAUAUUAAUAAAAAGAAUUAUGUAACACCACAGAUAUUAAAUUAUUUAAAUACUAUGUUUUAUCUGCGGCUGAGUCCACUUUCAAUAAAAUAUUAGUCUAAAAGUUAUUUAAGGCCCUUCCCUGAGCAAACAUCAUACAUUUUUGGCGCACAAGUUACGGAUGGGAAUAUGCAAAGAUUGAUGAAUAAUUUAAGGUCCUUUAAAAAAUUUUAGACUACCACAAUUAUAUUCCUAUUGAAUAGUCGACCCAAUAGUAUUGGUUGCAAAUAAAAUUUAAGUGUACUUGAUGAUUAACAAAUUUAAUGACAUUUUAAUAAUGAAAUUAACAAACCGAUAUUAGAAUUACAAAAAAAAAUUUAACAACCAAAGUAAAGAAAACAUAUUUUACAAGUAUGAUGCUGAAUUUAUUUCUAUAUUUGUAACAAAUUUCGAAUAGAUAGCUUCUAAACAUAAUGAAAGUGUGAGUUGUUAUGCUCGGGGUCUGCCUUAAAUCAAUUACCCUUAUUAGAUGAUAUAGAUGAUUUUACCCUUUAAAUUUACAAAAUAUUAUUGGCUGGGCACACUAAAAGUGAACCACCAUUAUAGAUUAAAACAAGCUGUGAUGAGAAAUUUAUGUAGUACUUAUUAUGUUGUUUAUAAUUUAAGGAAAAACUUAAAUCCUUAUUUAAAAAUUGUAUGUUAAGAGAUGCAAAAAAUCUAUAGAUUUACCUGAAAUCAUAAAUCAUAUUUUCUUAUUUAUAAUUUAAUUUUAAAUUUUAUUGGAUUUUUCUAUUAUUUAUAAAAAAAUAACUACAGCUUUUAAUCAAUGUAAUAAAAUCACAGAAAUUAAAGAAUUAUUUAAAUGUUUUGUUCAAUAAAUUUUUGUAACAUUGUAAGUAAAUAAUUGAUCAAUAUAACUUUCUAAUUAAAUUAUUAUUUAUUAGAAUUAAGGAAUAAAAUAAUCAAUACCAUGACGUGCCAAUGUAUACACUGUAGCAUUCACUGAAUAGUUUUACCCAAGCAUGUAUAUGUAUAGUAUAUUAUGUAUCUUUUUUAAUUAUAUUUCAUAUUAUGUUGUGUAAUAAAGUCGCUAAGCGUACUUAAUUUAUUAUACAAUGUCAUAAUGUAAUAAAUGGCUACUUUGUAUAAAUAUAUGCAUUUGUCACCUCUUUCUGGGUUAUAAACUUCUAUUUCAGUCCUGUACUUGAGAUAAUACUCAAUCACCCUUCAAAUUGGAACCCAUUAGUGCUUGUAGUACAAUGAUAUUUGGCGAGAGAAAUAAACAAUACAGUGGUACCUGCUACCUACGCAGCUACACUCUUGCAUACAAGAAAUGUCAGUCAGUAAUCAUCUAAUAUAUUGAUAACUGUUGAUAUUUUGUGAAUACUUUAUUCAAGGAAUAUAUAAUAAACUUUAUACUGAU